AUGCAGAGAGAGCGUACCAACCGCAGCAGCCUUCAUGAGAAUAAUGACGAUGACGAGAAGGAUGAUGGAGAAGAAGAGGAAAAUGAUCCCAAUCUGGUUGACUGGGACGGUCCUGAUGAUCCAGGUAACCCCAUGAACUUCCCUGAAUGGAAGAAGUGGAUCAUCACCGUCGUUGCCGGUUUGAUGACAUUCUCCGUGACCUUCGCUUCGUCAGUCUUCAGUACUGCGACCACCGUCACAUCGCAGCUCUUCGGUGUCAGCAGUGAGGUUAUGAUUCUGGGAACCUCUCUGUUCGUCCUGGGCUUUGCGUUUGGACCAAUUGUCUGGAGUCCUUUCUCGGAGCUUUAUGGCCGCAAGAUUCCUCUGUUCAUCGGAUUCUUCACAUUCGCGAUCUUCCAGAUCCCUGUUGCGGUCGCUCAAAAUGUCUACACAAUCUUCAUCUGUAGAUUCUUCGGAGGUUUCGCAGCAUCGGCUCCUCUGGGAAUCAUUGGAGGACUGCUUGCAGAUAUAUUUGGACCAGUUGAUCGAGGUAUCGCAGUUGCCGUUUUCGCAUCCGCAACCUUCAUCGGUCCCGUCGCUGGACCUAUCGUAGGAGGAUUCAUCACCAUGAGUUACCUUGGUUGGCGAUGGACUGCUUGGAUCACACUGAUCAUGGCCAUGUUCUUCGGGAUUAUUGGAUUCAUUGUCAUCCCCGAGACUCUUGCCCCUAUCUUGCUCUCGCGCAGAGCAAAGAAGAUUCGCUUUGCCACAAAGAACUGGGCCAUCCAUGCAAAGGCCGAUGAAAACGAGGUCAGCCUCAAGGAUCUUGCACAUCGCUACCUCUUGAAGCCUUUCCAGAUGCUUGCUAUGGAACCCAUCCUUCUUCUUGUAACUCUGUACAUGGGCUUCAUCUACGGAUUCCUUUACCUCUGCUUCGAAGCCUACCCCAUUGCAUUCCAAGAGCACCGUGGCUGGAACGCUGGCGUGGGUGCUCUGCCAUUCGCUGCCAUCAUCGUUGGAGUCGCUUUCGGCUCUUGCUUCAUCGCUUACUUCACCAAAACCAGAUUCGCCAGGAAGAUGGAAGAGACCGGCGAUGUUGUGCCAGAAGAGAGAAUGAUCCCUAUGAUUGUUGGUGGUGCUCUGUUACCCAUCGGCAUGUUCUGGUUCGCAUGGACCAGCAACCCAAACAUCAUCUGGGUGCCGCAAGUCAUCUCGGGGGCUUUCAUUGGUGCUGGAGUGUUGCUUGUCUUCUUGCAGGGGUUGAACUAUAUCAUCGAUGUGUACAAGGCUAACGCGAAUUCCGCCAUCGCUGCAAAUACCUUCUUCCGAUCGUGGUUGGGAGCAGGCUUCCCCAUGUUCGCAAACUACAUGUUCCAAAGAUUGGGCGUCCCUUGGGCCAUGUCCCUUCUCGGUUUCCUGACUGUGGCACUGUUCCCAGUCCCGAUCCUCUUCUUCAUAUAUGGUGCACGCAUUCGCAAGUUGAGUAAAUUCAGCAUGUAA